ACAAGUUUGCUUGCAGCUGGUUUAUAUCUAUGGUGAAUUAGUUUAAUAUGUGGAAUAGGGAUGUUAUUUAAUAAAUAAAGAAUGGUUCAGUUAUUGCCGGGUUAACAUUUUGGGAGGUCAUCUAGACUUGCUUUACAGAACACAGAAGUGAAAAGGUUAUGAGAACAAACGGUUCUUUAGAAUACCAAAGUUUCCCAUUGCGGCAGCAGUGGCAGCUGUCUGUGGUGUGGGAGGGAGGGAAAGCCACUACUGGGCAACGCUGUCAUUGGUCUCACUUUUUAACGAGUGACCGGUUGAAGGGCAGUGUGUCAUGUAAUUGCAGGGAGGCAACAGAUAAGGCAUGCAUUUAAUCUGAUUUCAUCAACCUGCUUGGGUUUUGUUUCUGCACAACAACUGAAACCGACGGUGACUGAUUGGGAUUGAGGCAUUGUUUACUCUGUUUGUGAGACACUCGCAUGAACGCGCUAAACGUGUUGCAGAACUGGCGCAACCUCUAUGGGAAAUAUCAAUUUUCAUCUACGACGCAGCCAGGGAAGUUCAUUGAAGAAAACGCUGAAAUAUACAACAGUUUGCCGCAGUAAGUAGUAAGGUGUCUACACCUUCGAUUGAUAGCUGCUGGACAAAGGCACUCACUUCUGCUGCUCUUGCUUGUGUCUACACACACUGUGGGCCUGACUGUGCACCCCUCCUGUCCACCCCUCACAAGAUGCAUAUGAAUAGCUUAGUGAACCGAUGGAACGAGCUGUCUAGGAUGAGGUGUGAGGUGGAGGUGACCCCUGAACCCAGCAGCCCCACACUGCUCGGAGAGGCAGCAGACACCUACUGCCAGGUGGACAGAUGGCAAAAGCUACGCACCGCCGUCCGCAAGCUGGAAUUCUGGGAAGACUUCAGUGCUGAGCUGAUUGGGAGUGGCUUCUUCUCCAAGGUGUACAAGGUGUCACACUGUACCACAAGAAAAGUGAUGGUGGUCAAGAUCUAUAAGAACGACGUGGACCAGGACAGCAUCGUACGAGAGAUCAGUCUACUGCGGAAGCUCUCACACCCCAACAUUGUCAGGUAUCUUGGAAUCUGCUUGCGGGAGGAUAAGCUGUAUCCGAUACUGGAGUAUGUGAGUGGGGGCUGUCUGGAGGACCUCUUGGCCCAGGAGGACGUGUCUCUGUGUUGGAGGGAGAAGGUGGACCUGGCCUGUGACAUCAGCAGAGGCAUGACCUACCUGCACUACAAGAACAUCUACCACAGAGACCUCAACUCCAAGAACUGUCUGAUCCGGGAGACGUAUCGGGGCAGGGAGGCGGUGGUGACAGACUUUGGUCUGGCCAGAGAGGUGAUGGUGGAACUGCCGGUCAACGACCCCGAGAGGAAGAUGUCUCUGGUGGGAUCUGCCUUCUGGAUGGCCCCUGAGAUGCUCCGAGGGGAACCCUACGACCGCAAGGUCGGUAGCCUACACACUCUCUGCAUCCCAGUGGACGUCUUCUCCUUUGGGAUCAUGCUGUGUGAGAUUCUGGGUCGGAUCCCAGCAGAUCCUGAGAUCCUUCCCAGAACACGGGACUAUGGUCUAGACAUGGAGGCCUUCAGUAAGAUGGUGCAGGGUUGUCCACGACGCAUCCUGGAGCUGUCAGCCAACUGCUGUCUGAUGGAUGCGUUUCGGAGACCCUCCUUCUCAGAGUUGCUGGACGAGUUAGAGGACAUCGCUGAGAGCCUGGAACCCCCCGACCCAGACCUGACCACGGGGUGAGGGUGUGGGGUCACCGUGUACCCCCAAACCCCUCCAGGAGCAUGUGGACUACAGCAGGCAGCCACUCCAAAGUCUUAUACAGCAGAGGAACUUUAUACUCCAGGACCAAUCUACAGUAACACAUGCAGGGCUCACAAUGCAGCUCUCCCUGCUGACUCUGUGUGACUCUCUGAAACAGAACCGGAUGACCGAAAGUUCAAUAGGAUGGCGGAAUUGUGCCAUUGUGUGGGUGAGGACCAAACUACACUCUUUCUUUCUCUCAUUCCCUCUCUCAUCCUUUCUGGUUUGUAAUGUCGCAUAUUUUCUGUUGAUGAACAGAGUUGGCAGGUGUUAGGUAAGGGUUAGUGUUCAGUGGUGUUCAGUACUAGGGUUAAGUAGGCAGAGGAAGGAGCACUAUCCCUCGCUCUCAGGAUGUGAAUGAAGUAAUACUAAACUCAAUGAAACACUAAACCUCAGCAAGACUUUAGCUGCAGUUGUGUAUCAGUUUAUAUGUAAUGCCUUUUUGUCUUGUCAUGCUUGUACAAUAACGAUUUUGCUUCACCCUUUUUGUGGGGAUACAUUUUGUUUACCAUAUCAAAUCCAUACAGUACUCUGUUUAUAUUUUGUGUUUUUAGUUGCUAUGGGAAACUAGGAUCUUGCUUACUUAAAGAAUAUUUAAAACAUUGUAAUAAAAUGCAUGAAUUGA